AUGGAUGAAAUUGAUACUGAACUUUUGAUAACCUUGGUGGAAGUAAGACCUGUUCUGUGGGACAAAACUCUAGAUGCGUAUAGAGAUCGUAUUGCUACAAAGAAUGCUUGGCGGGAAGUUUGCGUAGCACUGAAGCAAGAUUUUGAUGAGAUGGAAGACAAAGAUAAAAAUGCGUUUGGUAUAGAAGUAAUACGGAGGUGGACCAAUCUACGAGACUCCUUUGUGAAGUCAAACAUAAAAAUUCAAGCUGCGAAAAAAAGUGGCUCAGCAGCAAAGAAAAUGAAAAAGUAUGUAUAUUCUGAUCAGCUGCAGUUUCUAAAAAAGCUGUAUGAUGCUCGAGAGACGGAGGACAGUUUUCAAUCGGAACGCACCGCCAGACUGGAAGAAGAUAUAGAAACGCAGGGCUCCGUCGAAAAUACUGAGAAUGUUUCUGGGCCAUUUGAUACAGCACCCACACAACAAACAUCCAAAAGCGAGUGCCAUACAAACAGAAAACAUAGAAAACCUGAUGCAAUCGAAAUGAAAAUAUUACGAGCUCUGGAAGAAGACAAACCUUGCAGCAAAAUGUCAUUUUUACUUAGUCUGAAGCCUCAUCUGGAAAAAUUUGAUGAACAGGAUUAUCUUCAGUUUCAGAUGGGAGUCCUCAAAGUUAUAGAAAAUAUAUAUGAAAGGAGAAAUAUAUUGACAGCUCAACCUCCUCCAUUUACCCAUUACACACCUCCCAUGCCCUAUAAUAAUAGAUUUCAAGCUUAUUCUUAUUCACCUAUGGAAAAUGCUGCUCCAAUAUCCUCUUACCAUACGCAUCAGAUUCGUCCUCCUCCAGCUGCACCAAACCCAACUACUUUUCUCGAACAACCAUUACAGACUUCUCAAGGUCGCAGUUCUUAUCAACGAAUUAAUAAAGUGCCACCACCAUACCCUUCGCCUUCCACAAGUAGCCAUGAAGGCCCACCAUCAACAACGCAGUUCUACAACGUUUUUGCAGAGAGCCUGUCGCCACAAAGUGACAGUACAGUGAGCAUCGCCCUGGUGGACGUGGCGGGCAGCGGGACCCUGGUGCACGUGCAGAGGCACGACUCCCAGCCGGCGGGCAGCCCCGCACGCAGGACGCAGGGCGCGCCUGCCACAGCGGUCGGCGCCCGGCCAACGGGUGGAGCACCAGGCGUCGGGGGCGGAAUGCCAGCUGACACCUCACCCGUGACGUCAACGACGACGACGACAACGACAACGUCAACUCCCGUGGCAGACACACCCGUAGAGCGCAGUGGCGCCGUGCUGCUUCGCAGGUCGUCUCACCAGAGGCCUAAGCACGCACUCCGCAGGUUCCGUGAUGGUCGCAGUAACGAAUUUCCUUGUUCUGGGGACUGCGGCCAGCCAAGGCAGUUUCAGGAUUACAGCACAAAUUACAAGAGCAGACAUCGCACAGGCUUCCACGGCCAAGAUGUGAGGUUUCCCGAGAGCACCAGUGGUGGAGAUCCUCUUCAGUACGCGCAGCUAGCGGGCUACAAGUUUUCCGGAGGGCCAAACAGCAUCCAGGACGUCAUCCGCUACCUCACGGAGGACCAGCCGGACAAUCGUCCGCACCACCCAAAGCAGCAGAAUCGCGGCCGUCACCGGCAGCACGUGAGGUUCCCAGCGGGCGACUCCUCGCACCCCAAAACGGUCAGGUUCUCCGGCGUGUACAACAUGCCGCGACCCGCCGGGGAACGCCACGAGAUGACCUUCCCUGGAAACGAACCGGAGACCGGCAGCACCAACGGCCGGCUCACCGUCACUCUGCCACCGCCGCCACUCAACGGACACGCUUACGUGGCGGACCCCUUUGUCAACUUCAGACCAGAGGAUCCCUCACAGAUCAACCUGCUGGCCAACAGCGGCCUGCGGUUCGCGCUGCCGGCACGCUCGCUGGACAAGAUCAGCCAGUUCCAGUUCCCGACGCCCCCGCCACCCUCGCCAGGCCGUCAGCCCACUCAGACGCAGCUGUACACCGAGGUCGUCUACCACCCGUUGGGACAGAAGCCUGCUCCACACACCCAGCAGCUGCACAACGUCAGGGGCGCCACGCGGCCCUUCAGCGUCAUGCUGGACGUCUACCCUCUCACCGCGGAGGGGCAGAUGCAGUACCGACCGCCACCUCCUCGACCACGGCCAGCCGGGGCGUCUUCCCACAUGGUCGUGCACCUCAACCUCUACCCCAGGAACAAUGCUGCUGGCGGACGUCACGACCCACACGACAGGAGUGACGAAUUCGACUAUGCCGAAGCUGAACCGACACAAGAGGGCGCCGAUUCAUGGAAACAAAAUGUAGCUGGAGGCAACACUGCUGAGAUGUUUGCAUCAUCCCCGGUCGUAUUCUGCAACAAGACAAUGGACGUCUUCCUUAGGGUGAAAGAUGUUGACAAAUCACCAGGAAGCAACUUCGACGGAAAUGGAAAUGAGAAGAAGGAGGGCACAGACAGGCGGCAGGGUCCCAGUUCUGAAGACGCAUUGCCACUGGAUCCCAGAGAGGCGGUAUCUGGGAUAUCUGAAGACCAACUGAACAAUGAUCACGAAACAGGCAGGGACGAAGGGCGGUACGCCGCCACUGGACGAGACUCAUCGCUCGAGGAUAAGGAGGGUGGCUCACCUACCAACGGCCACCAGUCGCACGGUGGGUCUGAUGCCAGUGACAGUUCCGGAGACUACGAUAUCGCUCUAAACGAUGGUCCACCCAGUGACUACGUGUCAGCCGUCGGGUACUUCGGCGCUUUGGAGUCGAGCUUUGAGACACGGAACGGCGACGAUUUGCGUGAAGGAAGAGAACUGGACGGGUCCGCCGUGACACAAGUGACGGGUCCACACACAGCAAACGGGUUAGACGACUCACCAUGAGUUCACGAGCGCCAGUUGCCCAAGAAGACUGGCCUUUAGGGAAACCUUU